UCUUCAACUUCCAUAAAAGAAAUUCUCAAGCUUCCUCCACAUUAUUCUUCUCGAUCACUCUGUGUUCGCUUAAUAUCUCUGUAUAUAAUAUAUAUAUAUACGCAGGUUAAAACACCAAAGUCCCCAUAUUUGGAUUCUGUCAUCCGUCUCCAUUUUUCCAAGAUGGAGUUGCAGAGAUAUCUCUUGGUUUUCUUUGUUUUAAUGGCUUCAUGUCUUGUUUAUUCUUCCCACGGGUAUAAAUUCUAUGCGGGUGGAAGAGAUGGGUGGGUGUUGCACCCUUCUGAAGAUUACAAUCACUGGGCUGGAAGAAGCAGAUUUCAAGUCAAUGACAUCAUCGUUUUCAAGUACAAGAAAGGAUCGGACUCAGUUUUGGUGGUGGGGAAAGAUGAUUACAACAACUGUAACACGAAGAAUCCGAUUAAGAAAAUGGAAGAUGGAGAUUCUGUUUUCAAGUUUGAGCACUCUGGACCUUUCUUCUUCAUUAGUGGAGAGAAAGAUAACUGCAAAAAAGGACAGAAACUCAUCGUUGUUGUCAUGGCCGUGAGGAGUCCUAAGUCAUCUCCUGCUCCUGCAACUUCCCCUGUUUCUCAUCCUCCCAAGUCAUCCAUGGCGCCAUCUCCUCAUACAAACCCUCCUGCAUCAUCUUCUUCCCCAAUAACCAGUCCUCCCUCUGAAGCUCCAUCUCCAACGGCACAACCUCCAGUAGGGUCUCGUCCUCCAUCACAGAGAGGUGAGUCGACUCUGUCACCGGCACCGUCGUCGUCGCAGUCCGGCACGCCGUCUGAUAUCUCCGCCCCAGCUCCGGCGCCGAGCAAGUCACCGGAAACCACGAGGCGUUACUCGGGCUUGUUGGGUUUAUCAGUUGGUGUGGUUUUGAGUGUGGUUUUGGGUGCUUAAAUGAAUAAACUUAUUAAAUUCAUGGGUUUUUUUUUUUUUUUAAAA